AUGGCAACUAUGUCAUCAUUAUUUCAGACAUCUACAAUACAAUCUUAUUAUUUAUUUUCAAAUUCACAAACUGAGAGAAAACGAUUAAUAUGUGUCGUUUGUGGAUCUAUUGCACGUGGAUUCAAUUUUGGUGCAAUAACUUGUAUGAGUUGUAAAAUAUUUUUUCGUCGUAAUGCAUUUACAAAUUUAAAUAGUCUAUACUGUCAUGCAAAAGGAAAUUGUGAAAUAAAUCAACAAACACGAAAAUGUUGUACAUAUUGUAGACUUCUUACUUGUUUUCGAGUUGGAAUGAAAAGACAAUUAUUUCGUUUAAAACAAAAUAAUAAUAAUAAUAAUAUUAAAUGUUCAAACAUUGAUAAACAACAGCAUAGAAAAGAAUUACCAUUAGAAUUACAUUUAUAUCAAAGGACAUUAACUAAUCAACAUAUGUUAACAACAAAUUCAUUAUUCAGUAGAUCUAUUGAUCGUUUUCGAUUAUCAAAUAAUGAUUGGUUAUUAUUAAAUCAAUUAUCAUUGAAUUUUGAUUCUCUUAAUUAUCAUAUUAUAUCAAGAGCUUAUGAAAUUUAUCAACAAUUGUUAUCAGUAGGAAUUUUACCCCUUAAAAUGAGAGUUAAAGCUUCAUAUAUUUAUGAUAUAAUGAAUACUUUUGUUGACACUGCGUUAGAAUUUAUUAAAUCAAUUCCACAAUUCAUUUCAUUACCAUUUUUGAAUAAACAAGCAUUACUUAUACGUAAUACACGAUCAUUAAUAAUAUUCUAUUCAUAUUAUCAAUUGAAUCUUAAAUCUAUACAAAGUCUAACUCAAACACCUUAUUGGAAAGCUUCAUUGGACUUAAUUCUUUUACCUACUACAAGAUGUUUGCAUAAUGAAAUUAAAUAUCAUAUAGGUCGUGUUUCAUUUUCUGAUCCAUAUUUAAUAAAAUUAAUUCUUGUUAUACUUGCUUUCUCAACAAAUAAUAUGGAUCAUGAUGAUAUAACAGUUACUCAUCAAUUAGAUGAAUAUUAUCAUACAUUGAUACUUAAUAAUAUACAAAACAUAUAUGUUGAACUUAUGUGGAAAUAUAUGAUACAUCGAUUUGGUGAAUCUCAUACAAUUCUUCAUUUUUGUGAUAUUAUACAAACGAUAUUACGAAUGGAAAGAGUUAUUUUUGGUAUGGAUAAUAGUAUGAUGUCAUUCGAACUGAAAUUCUAUGAAAAUAUCGCAAAAUCAAUCAGUAAAACUCUUCAAUUUGAAAAUAACAUUUAA